UUUUUUUUUUUUUUUUUCUUGCCUCUGACGGGCUUCGCGAACCUUCGCACUUCACUGUUUAAGCGUGUUGUUAUCGGCGACUUCUUGCGACCAUGGUGAUGGGAAUCAGUAAACGCCAGCAGUUCCGCAAUGAGCGGGCUCUGCAGGACCUCAUUCGAUCGGUCCCUGGCAAUGACCGAUGUGCCGAUUGUCAGGCUAUGAAUCCAGGAUGGGCCAGCUGGAACAUGGGCCUCUUCCUAUGCAUGCGAUGCGCUGCCAUCCAUCGGAAACUCGGCACUCACAUCUCGAAAGUCAAGUCGUUGAGCAUGGAUACUUGGGCCGCGGACCAGGUGGAUAACAUGAAAUCCCACGGGAACAACCUGAUGAAUAAAAUCUACAACCCAAAGAACGUUAAGCCGCCCAUUCCAACCGAUGUCGACGAGGCCGACGCUUGCAUGGAGCGCUUCAUUCGCCAGAAGUAUCAAUACCGUUCGUUGGAGGAGGGUAAAGCACAACAACCCCCGAGCCGUCAUGAUUCGGGCUACGACCGGUCUCCGGAGGGCUCUCCGCCUCCCCUCCCUCCGAAACCGAAUCGACCUAUUGGGUUCGGUCUUCGGUCCGCGUCUUCCGCCACAAACCUUCGUCGAGUAUCAGAUAGGCAGGCCUCCCCGCCUCCUCCGCUCCCAACCAGUGCGGGGAGUGACCCAGUGUUCGAAUCCAAUAUGGCCACCUUGCGGAGUAUGGGUUUCGCGAAUGAGCGCCGGAACGCUGGUGCUCUGCGUGGGUUAGAUGGGAAUCUCGAUAAAGCGAUCGAGACCCUGAUGCGCCUCGGAGAGGGGGGCAAUAAUCCCACUCUGCGGAGCAAAACCCCCACGACCGCUACUGGAAGGGAUACCGCCAGUCGGGCCGGCUCAACCAAUCCGUUCGAUCAAUUGGAUGCCAACCCGCCGGCUCAGUCAAAUGGACAGUCCUACAACCCGUUUGACAUGCCGUCCCAGCCACAGCAGCCUCCGAUGCCGUCUUCCGCGCAGCCUUUGGAUGUCUCUUUCCAACACUUGCAGGUUUCGCAACCUUUGUUCCCCCACUCCACGGGCGGAUAUCCCCAGAGCCAGCCUGCUCCCCCGCAAUCCCUGUACCAGCAAUCCGCCACUCCUCCCGUCAGCGCCACGUUCAACCAAGCUGCCUUCGCCGCUCCCCCUCCCACCUCCGACCUCGGAAACAACCCCUUCUUCCAGUCCGCCGCCCAGCCGCAGGGCAUCUUGACCCCUCCGAUUUCGAACCAGAGCGCUGGAUCGCCUCAGACGAAUAAUCCCUUCUUCACGCAACCACCUCCGCAACCGACGUCGGCGCCACAGGUCACCCCAGCUGGGUUCCACCCACCGCGCCACGCGAACACGAUGCCUGCGUUAUCUACUUCGGCGUUUGGGCAGCCGUCUCCGUUCCAGUCGCAACCCCCUCAGCCGCAGCCCCAGGCCCAACCUCAAUCUCUGCUUCAGCCUCAGCAGUCUCAGUACGGAAGCGGUUCGUUGAACCCCUACCAGACGACUGCUGCGCCCACCGCACCACAGAACCUGGCGCCACCCUCGCAGUUUGGGGUUCAGCAACUCACUCCCCAGCCGACCGGCCGCAUGAACAAGAACAAUAUCCUCUCUUUAUACCAAUUCGCGCCGCCCCCGCCGACCCUGCCCGAGCAGCCACCGCUCUCCGCUCCGCUGGGCGGCCCCCAAGCUCCAACCUCGGCACCGAACUUCGCGCAACCCAACCCCGGUGCUCAACCUCCAUUUGACGCGAGUGGCGGUUCCCGAAACCCCUUCUUUACUCAAGCCCCGGGGGCCAUGCCCACGCAAGCUCCCAUGCCCGCGCAAGCUCCCAUGCAGCCCGCACAAGCCCAACCCGCAUUUGGAGCCCAGCCGGCAUAUGGAUACGGCACCGCGAUGAACUCCGCUCCCUCGACAACGGGCACCUUCCCCAAGGGACACAUGAGCCAGCAGAGCGUUGACAUCAAUGGAUUCCAGACUGGCAGACAUAGUCCGGACGCCUUUGCCAGCUUGAGCGCACGAUAUGGUUGAUUGGACCUCGCCCUGAAUCGUGCUCCUCCUUUUCGUGUUCUUGCUCUCGUCUGGUUUCGGUUCGAAUUCGCUGUUUCCCCGGGCAUUCAUCUUAUAAUGGCAGUGCAUUUGUUUGGCGUUGGAUGGACGGUAUAUGGGAUGGAUUGGGACUAUAUCUGUGCAUCUGUGCAUAUGUUUGAUCGGAGCGCGGACUUGAUAGAUAAUUAGAUAGAUCGGCAUAUAUAGUCUUUUACUUUUGAUUUCUUCUACUCAUUGUGUUUGCAUGAAGGUUUUAGCGACAUAGAUUGAAUAUAUUAUUAACAUUUUUGGA